AAUUUGAUAAACAAUAUACAAAUUACAAAAGUAGCCUAUUACCGAUAGUUUUUGCCGUAAGACUAGUGUGUAACAGACUUUGCCGUCAAAUCGUAACGUAACAAAAAUUCCCCCAAGAUCUAUUUUCGUUAUACAGCACUGGAAGCCUUUCAUUUAAGGAGAACAACCGCAAUUUUUGGUGAACACAAUUGUUGCGCGCCUGCAUUUGAAUUGAGCUAUGCUACAAUUCUUAAUUUGCCAACAACAUUGUAAAGCAGCAAUAAACAUAGUAAAGGAAAAGCAAAAACAUUUGACGCCCUAAGAAACGGUAAAAGCAAAACGAUGCGUCCAUGGCUAAAUCGUCGUUUACUGUUGCUGCUCUUUUCACUUAUCUGGCUGUGCGGUGUUUUCGUAUUAUACUGGUAUGUGACGCACAGUGAGACGGAUAGCAUCCGAAAUUAUACGCCGGAAAUACUCUGGUGGACGAAAGACAUGAGCUGGAACUACGAUGAGACGAGGCAAUGUGGUUUCAGCACUUGUCGCGUCACCAACAAUCGCCAGCGUUUGAAAGAGUCACUUGUUGUGAUGUUCUAUGGAUCGAAUAUGAAGCCAUAUGACUUUCCAAUGCCCCGCAGCAACAGACAUCGUUGGGCAUUGCUGCACGAAGAAUCGCCACGCAAUGUGCCCUAUGUGCCUUAUGACGAGUUCCUACAACACUUCAAUUUCACAUCCACAUUUAGCAGAUACAGUAGCAUGCCACUGACCACACAAUAUCUGCCACAAGCUAGCGAUCUCACCCAGUUGGACUAUUAUACGAGCCCCCAGAACAAGCAGACCUUUGAGUUCAACAAAGAUUUGGCAUCGGUCGUCUUUUUACAAUCCGAUUGCAACACAAUGUCGGGCCGGGAGGAUUAUGUGCGAGAACUGAUGAAACACAUGAAGGUGGACUCAUAUGGCAGCUGUCUGCACAAUCGUGAUUUGCCUGAGAGCCUGCAAAAGGACUAUCUGAACAAUCUGUACUCACCGGAGUUGCUGCGCUUUCUCGCACACUAUAAGUUUAUGAUUGCCAUCGAGAAUGGCGUGUGCGAGGAUUACAUCACCGAAAAGUUCUGGCGUCCACUCAUUGUAGGUGUUAUACCCAUCUACUUUGGAUCCCCAAGUAUUCGCGAUUGGCAGCCCAAAAAUAAAUCCGCAAUUUAUGUAGAUGACUUUCCCAAUGCUCGUGCGCUGGCCGCUUUCCUAGAGCAGUUGGGAGACAAUUCUACCGAGUAUUUUUCCUACCUGGGACACAAGGUUCUGAGACGUCACACGAUUGACAAUCAGUUACUUUUAACUCAGCUAAUCACGCGUAGCUUUAGCAUGAGAGGUGAUCAGCAGAGUCAGGAAAAUUCGCUGUUCCAACGCUUCGAGUGCUACGUCUGCCGGCAACUUCAUUUGCCUCACAAGCAUCGCCAAGCUGACAAGCGACACUACAACUGCCCGCUGCCUCCGGUGUAUGCCCCAUUGGAGUACACUUCGGAGCCACAAUAUGGAGCAGACUGGCGCUCCACGAUGUCUGUGGGUCGCUGUCAAGCACAGCUCCUGAACGAGUUCUGGAAAACGAAUUUGACAUAUACUGCGCAGGAAUUCGAGACGCGACUUUCCAAAAUGGUGGCGAAUGGCAAAUGUGAUUAACAAGAAAUUAUAGAUAUUAGGGUUAUAUAUCUCUAAGAUACUUGUAUGGAAAUUAACCAAAGUACUGAGUAUAAUGACGAAGAUAUGUUAUAAUUGAAUGAAAUAUAAAAUCGUUCAAGUAGAAUCGAAUAAAUAAUUAGUAUUAAAUUAAAGUACAACACUCUUAACAUAUGACAAAUAUGUUUGUUUCUAAAUUAAUGACAAAUAGCAUUUGAUGCCAUUGAAGUUAAUUAUAUUUCUAUUCAAUCAAGCAAAUAUCCUAAAAUAGUAGUAUAUAAAAUGCCUUGAAAGAAAAAUGUUCUUUUAUAAUCACAGUAUUAAUAAUUCAAGUAUUCUGAACUUUUAGUAAAUGUUUGAUUUAUUUGUCAAUCAAUUUCAAGUACUUCGACUAUUGAAAAAUAGCAAAAGGAAUGCAAUUUUAUUAUAAUUAAUACACGUUUUUAAUAGCUUUUAUUGUCACGGAUGUGAACAUUCCGGUCUGUAAUUUAUGAUAAUAAAUAAUGUUGAAUAAUCAUUAAGCUUUUCAAAAGACAAGCAUUUUAAAAUUGACAACAAUUAUUUUCUUUAUUGCAUAUAAAAAUGAAUUACUCGAAUCAUUUCAAAUUCCAAUGUCAGUUUACAUUUGCCAGUGCAUCUGGGGCAUGGCUUCCUUCAGCUGACCCUUGUCCACGAUCCACAUGCUGCCAUUCUUCAUCAUCUCCAUGCCCUUGAUCAUCUGCAUGGCAGCCUCCUCGGGCAUUUGGCGCUUGGCACUCUCGAUGGCCUCCACCAUCUGCUCGGAGUGAUGCCAGGUGACAUUGUCGCGCAGGUUCAUCAUCAUUUCGGUGUUGGUUAGUCCUGGACACAUGGCCAUGAACAUGACGCCGGUUUUCUGGUAGAUCAUCUUGUCAGCCAUCGACCGAGUGAAGCCCAUAACUCCGUGUUUGGCAGCAGCAUAGACAGCAAAUGCUGGAGCUGGUUCCAACCCAUAAACGGAUGACAUAUUCAUGACCAUGCCGCCGAGUCCCAUUUGCGUCUUGUCCAUGUACGGCAUUGCCAUCAUCGUCACAUAGAUCAUUGAA